GCAAUUUGCCUGUUUGGGUUGUUUGUUUGGCUGGUUUUUUUUUUAAAUUUAAGCGCAUGAGAUCUAGGUUAGCCUGUACUCGAUUCUCAGGGUAGUCUAAAAUCGUAGUUGACUCUCUACUGUUUACAAAGUAAAGACGUGAGCAGUCCUCAGUGGAGAUAGGAGUCGUUUGGGUUAAUUCACCGGAUAGAGAUUGAUUUGUUCCGCACAAUGAAAGCGCUGUGCCUUAUCUGAGAUCCCACCCCACCUCCAACGGGGAGAUACAUCUCCACGUUAAGUUUUAUUAAAAUUCUGAGUAAUAUCGCGGUACAGUAAGCGUGAACACCGUACGUCCCCGGGGAAGACAGUCAGACCCCUCUGCUGGGGUUAGUCACUCAUCUUUCCGAACUGCUUUGCAGGCGACAAGCAAUCCAGCCUUCAAAAGUGUGUCACAGGUUCUGAUUUUUUUUUUCCCCCAAAUUUACCUACAUAAAAACCUGUGCUCUGAUCUUACGUAAGAGAUUACUUGUUCCAGUAAGAAUACUGUUGUCAGGCAAAUCCCCCUUGUUUUGAAACGUAAGCAUUUUCAGAGUUUAUAUUAUUGCCAUUUUUCUUUUUCCUUUUCUUUCUGCUCAGAAGCAAAAAAUCAAUCCCUCAGGACCGAAAGGACCCAAACUUGAAACCGAUUUAUAUAAAGAAAUGUGACCCCGUCUGCCUACUUAAUGAGCCAAGUUGAGCAGAAUAAAUGAAUGAUUUUGGAAUCAAGAAUAUGGACCAAGUAGCUCCUGUAGCUAACAGUUUUCGAGGGACACUCAAGCGCCAGCCAGCCUUUGACACCUUCGAUGGGUCGCUCUUUGCCGUCUUCCCCUCCAUAAACGAAGAGCAGACACUCCAGGAAGUGCCCACAGGCUUGGACUCCAUUUCUCAUGACUCUACCUGCUGCGAGCUCCCUCUGCUGACCCCCUGCAGCAAGGCUGUGAUGAGCCAGGCCUUGAAGGCCACCUUCAGCGGCUUCCAGAAGGAGCAGCGGCGGCUGGGCAUCCCCAGGAACCCCUGGCUGUGGACUGAGCAGCAGGUGUGCCAGUGGCUUCUCUGGGCCACCAACGAGUUCAGCCUGGUGAAUGUGAACCUGCAGCGUUUCGGCAUGAACGGCCAGGUCCUGUGUGACCUCGGGAAGGAGCGCUUCCUGGAGCUGGCACCUGACUUCGUGGGUGACAUUCUGUGGGAGCAUCUGGAACAGAUGAUCAAAGAAAACCAGGAAAAGGCAGAGGAUCAAUAUGAAGAGAACUCGCACCUCAACUCAGUCCCUCAGUGGAUUAACAACAACACACUAGGUUUUGGCGUGGAGCAGGCUGCAUACGGAAUGCAGACCCCGAGUUACCCCAAAGGCGGCCUCCUGGACGCCCUUUGUCCAUCGUCCACAGCGCCCGGGGUGCUGAGCUCCGAGCAGGACUUUCAGAUGUUCUCCAAGUCUCGUCUCAGCACCGUCAGCGGCAGUUACUGCUCCGUGGGCCAGGACUUCGCCAGCAACAGCUUGAACCUGCUGGCCAGCAGCACUGGGAAGCCCAAAGACCAUGACUCGGCCGAGCAUGGUGGGGACAGCUUCGAGAGCUCAGACUCGCUGAUGCGCUCCUGGAACAGCCAGUCGUCCCUGCUGGACGUGCAGCGCGUGCCUUCCUUCGAGAGCUUCGAGGAUGAUUGCAGCCAGACCCUGUGCCUGGGCAAGCCGACCAUAUCCUUCAAGGACUACAUCCAGGAGCGCAGCGACCCGGUGGAGCAGGGCAAACCUGUCAUCCCUGCGGCCGUGCUGGCCGGCUUCACAGGAAGUGGACCCAUCCAGCUUUGGCAGUUUCUCCUGGAAUUGCUCUCUGACAAGUCUUGCCAGUCGUUCAUUAGCUGGACGGGGGACGGAUGGGAGUUUAAGCUCGCUGACCCUGAUGAGGUGGCUCGCCGGUGGGGAAAGAGGAAAAAUAAGCCCAAGAUGAACUACGAGAAACUGAGCCGGGGCUUACGCUACUAUUACGACAAGAACAUCAUCCACAAGACGUCGGGCAAGCGCUACGUGUACCGCUUCGUCUGCGACCUGCAGAACCUGCUGGGGUUCACGCCGGAGGAGCUGCAUGCCAUCCUGGGGGUCCAGCCCGACACAGAGGACUGAGGACCCGGGACCGCCCUUAACCCACCCCGGGCCCGGGGGACCCCGAGUGGGAAGCCCGUGCCGACCGACUGCUCCAAGGACCCCCUGCAAGGCGUCCGGGAAAGUCGCUGAGAAGCAGUGGCCUGAUUUCAUCCCAGGACGCGCCUCUCUGACAAGGCUGGACCCCUCGCGGAGCAGACCCCGCAGCUCCUGGACUCUGGAGUCUUCGGGCGGGCGGUGCCCCCGUCCUGUGGCAGCAGUCACAAGGGGCUCUGGGGAGCCAGCCUGUGUCUGCCCAGGCCUCGCCACGCAGCGGGUGGUUCCGACUGCGUGGGAUUCUCUGAGGAGGAAGCGUGUCACGGGCGCCAGACCAUUCGCUGCAGAUUCGGGGGCUUCACACGGAAGAGCAAACCGUCUGUGCUGGACAGGAGUGGGAGGGCGGGGAGGAAACCAGCGUUGCCAUUUCAGAAGUCUGUACAUAUUAUUGUAAUCUUCUAAGAGUUGCCAUUGGAAUCCUCGUACCAUGCUAUUUAACAGAAAUUAUAUAUUGUAAUUUAAAGUAAUUAUGUAACUAUUUGAGAUAAGAAUGCAGACGUCCACUAUUUUAUUCCGUUUUUCGGCAGCACACAGGAGCGGCGUUCUACAAAGAUUUAACUGCCAGCACAGCGAUGAAGAAGGAUGUAAAAUGUGCUAUUUUCGUACAAUAUACCUAGAGGAAUAAGGUCCGGGGAGGUCAUCCCUGGUUUUUUCGCUUUUUAUUGUUGUUUUGUCUUUUUGUUUUGCCUUGGUUGUUAUCCGGCAAGGACUUUUUAUAUUUGGGGAUAUUUUUUUAAAUAAGAAACUCAACGUUAUUACCUUGGAGUGAGCCUGGCCUCUCCGUUUUUUUCCCUUACUUGUAAAGUAAAAGCUAUAAAGCAGUAUUUUUCUUGACAGAUGGUAUAUGUUUUCCACUUUUAUGCAUGCCUUUAAAUCAGUUUGUACACAGAUGUCUUUUAUUUUUUGGUGUUCACUGUGUUCCCCCAACAAUGCACCUCUCCCUGACCACCCGUUUCCUUCCUGUGCCUCACGUUACUCUGUGAUUAAAAUAAGAAUACUAUUUUUGGAAAUAACGCGACUCCUUUUCAGAGAUCAGGAGGGAUUUAUGUAGCAGCUAUUUUUACUGCAAAAGUAAUUCACUGGAAAAAAAUGUAAUUUGUACGAAAGCUUUAUUUUUAUCUCAGCUGCGUGUAAAGUUAAGAGUAUUGUACAGAGUGGAAGGGUGGGGCUCGGGCCGGGCAGGGGUCGCCUGAAACCCUGACCCUAAAUGAAUGCAGUCUGGCUUGCCCCGUCUGGACAGCACGCUCUGCUUUCUGCUCAGUGUUGUCAGCAAGAUGCUCUUUGGGGGUUUUGGUUUUGUUUUCCUUCCCAGCUUUCCUGGACACAGAGAGAGCCAGACAGGCAAGAAUUCAUAGCCGUGGUACACUGGAGGAAAGGAUUUUUGAUCCAGCUGAAGUGUUCAGGAGCAUGGAAGUCCACUGUGCAGUUCUGGCCUUUUAAGAAAGUCAACUCGCAAUGGCUCCCGAGUGGGUCAGACUUGACUGCUUCCUGACAAACUGGCUUUGGACAUUUACAGACUCGGAAUUGUCGUGUGAUGAGACUAUGGAAUGGGUCCAGGGCAAGCUGGGA